AUGGUUGGUCUGGUUGUGCUUAUGUUUCUGGGGGCUGCAACUGCAGCCCCUCUAGAUGACAAGAUUGUGGGAGCGUACAAGUGCACUAAGAACUCUUAGCCCUGGCAGGUCUCCAUCAACAUCGGAUACCACUUCUGUAGAGGGUCUCUCAUCAAUGACCAGUGGGUCAUUUGUACUGCCCACUGCUGGCAAAACAAUAACAACAAUUUCCUGCACCUAUCUCAGCCCCUACUCUUGUGUUGUGCUGGGGUCAUGUCAGUGGAUGCCAUCUACUGGCAUCAGAGCUAUGACUAUCAGACCCUGGACUAUGACAUCAUGCUGAUGAAGCUGACUCACCCUGCCAUUCUGAACCAGUAUGUACAGCCCAUUGCUCUGUCCACAGCGUGCACUAACCCUGGGAACAUGUGCACAGUGUCUGGCUGGCGCAACAUCUACACUGACAAAGUCUUCAACCACUUUAACCUUCAGUGUGUUGAGGUGCCCAUCCUGUCUGAUGAGGUCUGUAAGAAUUCAUAUCCAGGAAUGAUCACUGACCGAAUGGUGUGCGCCGGUUACCUGGAGGGAGGCAAAGAGUAUAAAGUAAAAGUAUAAUUUCGACUUGUCAGGAAUAGAAAUAGAUGGACCAAAAAACAAAAAGAAAUUGGGAGUUAGAAUUUUUUUUAAUAAUUGCAAAUGAAUACAGAGAA